AUGUGGCUGAACAGCCAAACCUACUGGCAGGGAACUCCCUCCUAUCUAAGGAAGUCCGCAAGGACAACCUCUUUUACCGCCGCAGAAUACUCGGUCGGUCUAUCCAACUUCGCCAUGUCAUCAUUGACAAGGUAUAGGGCUAAACAGCCAAACCUACUGGCAGGGACUCCCUCCAAUCUAAGGAAGUCCGCAAGGACAACCUCUUUUACCGCCGCAGAAUACUCGGUCGGUCUAUACAACUUCACCAUGUCAUCAUUGACAAGGCAUGUGGCUAAACAGCCAAACCUACUGGCAGCCGACGCCGACUGGAGGCAGCAGUUGUCAGAAGUCAUUCGAGAACUGAAAAAGAAUAUGCCAGGGAUCAAACGGCUCUUGUUUGACUCAAAGGGCAACGAUCACGACGCUGUGGUUCUUCGACAAGCUGAUGGGUCAAACAAUCAGAAGGCACUGGAAGAGACCCAAGCGAAUGAGCUCCGGAUCAAAGAGACUCGCGUGACCGAGCAAAACCGACUCGAAGAGCUCAAGUCUCGGCUGUACAAGCAGAAAGAGGCCUUAGCCGGACAGGAGAGGGGGCUAGGCAAUCGGGAAGCAAGACAUACGUCAAGAGUCACUGCCUUUGAUGCAGAAGAGCAUGGCAGGAGACAAAAGCUGGAAAGCCGGGAGAGGGACUUUGAAUCUACUCGGAUAUCGACAGAGACCAACCUCGCGGAACAGAGGGAAGAUUUGGACACUCGCUUUGGUGAGUUCUAUGGUAAAGAGAACGCUGUUGCGAAUGCAGAAGCGAAGCUGCAACAGGCGAAGAGCAGGAAUGACAUAGAAAGCCAAAGUUUUCGAGGUGCGCUUUCGAGUGCGCUUUCCUUUCUACAGAGCCUUGCUAACGCAACGGGUAGUGGAUACGAUGCCGACCACAGACUCGAUAACGUCCAAAAUCUAGUAACGUCUAUCAAGACGCGAUGUGAGACACUGCAGGAGACCUGUUCCGAGAAAGACCAGAGUCUCACUGACCAGCAAGAGCACCUUCGGGAGGUCGAAGCCAAAUUGGAAUCGACGAGUCUGGAAUUAGGAGACCUGAGGACGAGACACGGAAGAGAGAUGGAGAAAUUCAACUCCCUAAAGCAGACAAAGUUCAGAAAAGGGGCAGCGGUGGAAGCACUUGCGGAGAUGCGAAGAAAGUUCGCUGACAAGACCGCAAGGCACGAUGGACUUCUAGCCAGAUAUGCAACCUUAGAGGCGUAUCACCAGAGCUAUUCCGGGCAACUCGAGACAGCUAAAGAAGAGCAUCUGGCGGACCAAGCGCAGAUAUCUGGACUGCGAUCCCACCGCAUACCGCAGCUAGAGGCCACCGAAAGGGACCUCCGAUCUCAAGUAAGGGAACUCACAGAAGAAAAGAAGGAACUUACAGCUGGCCGUUUUGCCAGCGACGUGGAGGUCGGAGCAGUCAAAGUCGAAAAUCAACGACUGGAGGCCACCGAAAGGCACCUCCGAUCUCAGGUAAGGAAACUCACAGAAGAAAAGGAGGAACUUACAGCUGGCCGUUUUGCCAGCGACGUGGAGGUCGGAGCAGUCAAAGUCGAAAACCAGCAACUGGAGGCCACGAUACAAGACCUCCGAACUCAAUUGUCUGCAGCGGAUGACCACGACAACGUUAUGAGGAAGUCGUUCGACAUUAUACUGAACACAAAGGCUACCGAGGCUAAUGUCUCUAGCGAAGCACAUCAACGCUCGUUGCAGGCAUUGGAAAAGGUCCAGGCCGUCAACCAUUCACUCAACAUAAGCCUCAGUGACAGUAACGAAGAGUGGCAGGCCGCGGCAAAUGACAACAGCGCCCUGAAGGGGGAGAAGACCGAGCUGAGAUUACAAAUCUCUAACACCAAACGUCUUCUCACUGAGCGCAAUACGAGGAUCCAAGACCUCGUUGAAAAGGACGCCACCAUCACCCGCCUGGAAGAUGCAGCUCCGAAUGCUAGACAAAGGAUUGUCGACCUCGAGUCUGACGUUGAGCAGAAGGAUUCCCAGAUCCAGGCCCUAAAUGAAGGUCGCAAUGCUAAACGCCAGAGGAUCCAAGACCUCACGUCGGUCGCUGAGCAAACCGAGAUGAAGAUUACUACCUUGGAAUCUCAAUUCAGUGAAAAGGACGCCACCGUCACCCGCCUGGAAGAUGCAGCUGCGAAUCCUUGGAUUGCCAAUCUCGAGUCUGACGUUAAGCAGAAGGAUUCCCAGAUCCAAGAUUCGGCCGACAACGAAAAAUUGAACACCAAUGUCGACGGACUUCAGGAGAAGCUGAAGACGGAGCAGCGAGCGAACCACCGCCUCGAACAACAAAUAGUGGGUGUCAACGGUCUGGAUGACCAACUAAGUGCCAAGAACACAGCGGUUGCAAACGCAGAGGCCACCUCCCAGAACCUCACCGCGGAGAACGAAAGAUUAUCCAAGGUCCUCGGAGAAGUGAACGGGCACAAUGAACUACUGAAGCAACGAUCUGCUCAAUUUGCUAAGCAGAGGCAGGAGGCUAGUGCAUCUCAGAAGAGGCUCAAUACGCAUGUGCUGAGGCUAGAAGACAAGAAUCCAGAGCAGGAUACUCAGCUAAGUCAAGUCGAGCAGGACAAGACAUUGCUGCAAGGUGUUGCUUCAGCAAGGGCCGAUUUAAGAGAUGCUCAAGGUACCAUCGAGUCGCUCAAGGAUGAAAGAUACAUAGUUCGAAGUCGGAACGUCGAACUGAAAGCGCUCGUCGACAAGUGCAUAAUUGAGCAUUCAGCGAUCCGUCGCCUGAGCGAAGAACAAGAUCGUCUAUCGGAAGAGGAUGCUGACACGGUGAGGGAUAGUGACAAUCUCCUCACCACUGCCGACGAAACCAACACCGAGCUCGAACCCUAUGUGGAGGCCUCCCGCAAGCGCGGCCAUGAUCAAAUGAUUUCCGAAGGAGAGAAAGCUUCGUCUGCAGGUCAAUCCAAACGCAUGGCCCGAAGGUUGGGGAAAGCACCUGAGUCAACGGCCGGCGUCACUGAGAGGGCUACCGGUCUAUCCGGUCCUGGAAAUCAACUGGACGACUCGGUCAGCCCAGCGAGACAUGGAUCGAGGGGGCAAGGCACCUCAGGUGCGGCAGGCCCAAGUAUCACGAUGGCGCCUUCGGAUAGCGUUGCCUUUACCUUCUCGGUCAACGAUGCCAAGCUCGGGAACUUCUCAUCGGACGUCCUCCCAAACGAGGUUCUUCAGGCACUUCGAAGGAGGUUUGGGGAGUGGAACUCAAAGUUGGGACUAGGCUGGAUCAACAUGCAGGCAGUUGGAACGGGUCAAAGACCAAGUUGCAUAGAGGGACGUUUAGAGAAAAAGAAGUCUAUGGGAUGA